AUGGCUGAGGAUGAUAUAAGGCUGGAAGAUAGUCUGCCGGAAUACGGAUGGCGGGUAAAGCUUGAUCAUACUUUUCCACAAAAACCUCGGCCAAGCAAAUUGCCUCGAUGGAGACAGCUACCGAAAUUAGUCGGUCUUGGCUACCGGUAAUAUUUUACUGUGAAUUUUUUUCUUUAUAAGUUACGCUCAUACGCGGCCGAAUAUAAUUUCGAAACCGUGUCACAAUUUUUUUUGGAAUUCACAAGGGACUCAUGAAAACAACUUCGAGCGAUCAAUAUAGCUAGAUCCGUUCGAGUCUCCGUGUGUACAAAUUAAACCGAAUAAAUUUGCUAUUCUCAGAUAUAUAUCUAGCUAUAUCAAGUGUUGUAUUUUAGAUUCAUGAAAUAUGCUACGAAAGAAAAAAAAGAGGGAAGAGUGCCUUUUAUAGAUCCUUACAAAAUGAAUCCGUGCCGUCAAGUAUACGGUGAGAAACAUUAAACUUUCGUUAUACUGUUUGUGUAUAUAUAAAUAUAUAAGCACUUAUAUAGGAAGACAGAUUUUUCUAUAGCGUAGCGUAUAUCUGUUUUAUGCGUAAGCUUAAUGUAUCAAUGCAUAUUGUUGGACACGGUAAUUAUAUAUGAGCGAGAAAAGUAUAUAAGAAUGGCGACAUAGCCAAUGUAACAGUUUCGAAAUAAUGCCCAAAAUGUUGAAUAAUAGCGACAAUUUGUUUGCGUGAAUGUAUUCAAAAGGAUUAUGCAAAAUAGAUUGUAUGUUUACAUGCAAAUUCUUGUCAAAAAUAUACAUUCCACACAAAAUAUUUGACAAAUGAAUUAACCGACAUUAAAACUUCAAAAGGUAUUUUUGUUUUAGGAUAUAAAAGAAGUCAUUUAUGCUAAACAAUUGCAGUAUAUAAACUUAUAAGGUUCGAGCAUUUAGUUCGAAGUAAAAAUAGCUCAACACUAUACCAUUGUUUCUCCUUGUGAUUUAGCGGCGAGGGCCGCGCGGCUCUCAAAUUACAGUCGCGGACGACGAUGGGAAUCAAGAAAUCUAUUUUAUGUGGCCAAACUAUACGACAUUAACAAAGAAACAUGUUGAAAAAUUGCAUGCAAACGGUAAAAAAUAACUGCUGAACUCUACCCAAUUACAAUUAUAAUCCUCGCAACGCGUCUAACUGCUACAGCGGCCUAUUAUAUUUACGUAGCCUAUAUUUCAACCUACUUUUUUGAUUCAUAACUAAAUUUUAUAUAGUUUAUUAACUACAUAUAAAUCAACUAUUUGCGUAUUUUAUAAAAUGGACGAGUUCACAGUACCCCAUACAUUGAUAACAAUCUGUGUGUAGGCAAAAUACGUCGUUUUGAUUGGCCAUUUUUAAUUACGACAGAUGUUUGAGGUCGUCCUGAGCACAACGUGCCCAAGUCAAUAUACUUUACAUUUCGGCGAGUGAGCAUCAAUUAGGAAUAGUAAAAAAAACAUGCAGUUCUGUCAUUAAUAUCUUUACUUUGCUUCGACGUAAUGAAUUGUGGUUCUGAGUAACAGCAGGAUAAUUUUUUUUAUAAAAUGUCAAUUUGGGUGCAUGAAGCAUCGUGUUUAUAUUUGCUAUUAUGCUUGCUGUUAUGUUUCUCUAUGUAGUGAGAAUAGCCUUUUAAAAAAAUUAGCUUUUCUGAUCUAUAAAACACUAUAUCCUUAUACGCAGUUAAAGCAAAAUCUCAGCAAGAUAUUCCACAAUGCUUAUAAUCAUUUAUUGAAAACUAUAUCAAACUUUGCGUUCCGGUUAAGCGUUUUUCAUACGUACCUGUACGCACGGCAAUGUUUAUGUCUUUAAAAAAUUUAUAUCAUAAGUACUAAUUACCUCCACAAACAGACAUUAAACUGAUACGCAAAACUAAAUUCCAUCCUUUAAUGGAUUUAAACCUACACAUACGAACUGCGCAGUCAAAACUGACCCGUUCUGCGACGCGAUAUGAAGUAGUCAAGAUUGGACGAUUAGGACCAUAACGUUCACAUUCGUCGGAGCGGUUUGAAAAUGGCGUAGAAAAGUCACAAUUCGCUGUCGCUUUCACACUACGCAGGAGCGAAAUUAUUUGAAAACGUCACUUAUAAACGGAGCCGACCGAGCGAGAUGAAAACGGGAGCGCUUGACGGUUCUGGCCGCUGUGCGAACACAAACGCCGUUACUUUUUUGUACCGCGCUUGCAAACUAAGCAGGUCUCAGGUCUCAAAACAAUAAGUUCGAAUGCUUUUCGUUUAAACUUCUUUGCUCUAUUAGAAACAUUUUGGGUUUACACGAGUGGCGUAUAGUGCCGAUAAAAAAUUGCUAAAGUGAAAAAUAAUAAGAAUACUAAGGUGAAGAAAGAUAAAAAAGAUGCUAAACUGUUCAUACGUUUAGAGACCGUACUCAAAUUGUUAAGGCGGCAAAAGUGACGUUUUCAAACAAUUUCGCUCCAGCGCCGUGUGAAGUAUGCGGCUAUGUGAUCAGUCUGGCGUACUGUGAACGUAUUCUAAAACAUGCCUAUCAAAGUGUUUAAUAUUCAGUCAAGUAGCCCAACUUCAUGUCAUGAUAUAUCGAUUGGCCAUUUGGAUGCGCAGUCGAGUCCACAAGCAUGAACUACAUGGCUAAGCUUCAUUAAAUUCUUGUUACUUGUAACAUUGCAACAUGCACCGGCCGCUCUUGUGCUUUUCAAGCAAUUUGAUUGGUUACUCAGGUCAGUCUCAGCACUGGAUAUCCUUGCCCUGGAUAUCCUUGCCCGGACAGAAACAAAAUGGCUUCCCGUUUCGUUCCGGUUAAAAGCGAGCAAAUUUUUGUACUAAACGAAGCUGCCGUUCCGUCAAACACAUGAGGAGAGCCAAAAAGUUUUGUUUAACAGUGUGUAGAGGUAUUCUUUAAACUAUUUCUAGUGAAUAAAAUUACUAACAGCUUGUAAAUACUAUUUUGUUUACAACCUCGUUUACAACUAUUACGGGAGAUGAAAUACAAAUUGUCAGUUUAAAAAUAUAUAUGGAUUGUUGUUCUUGUGCGGUUGUCUCCACUCCCUAAAUUGGUCUAACUCAACAUGAUUUAAUUAUAACAGUCAUGUUGCAAUAAUUGGGUUCCCAACAGGGGUGCCACUCGGUGGGAUUGGAUGUGGUUCUAUUGGUCGUGGUUGGAAGGGAGAUUUCAAUCGCUGGCAGUUAACACCUGGAAUGUAUUCGUAUGAUGAUGUACACGCAGAUCAGGUAUGAAGAUGAGAUUGCGCAAAGCAUGCUUUCCAAAUUUUUAUCCAUCACUUGAUAGUACCUUGAAAAUGAUGAAGAAUGACCUUAUAAUUUAACAGUUUAUUGAUACAGAGCUCAUUCCGUGUGUUGUUGUGUUAUAACACCACUAUAUAUAGUUGUGUUUAAGAUGGCGCGCAGCAAAAAGAAGCUCUAAUAUAUAUCUCGAUUCAACGAAAUUAAAUGAAAUUUGGUAGAGUAGUUAGUGCAACUAAGCUAACAUUUUCAACGUUUGUGUGGUUGUCAUAGCAACACACUAGUUACCAGGUCUCCCUCGUCUUAUUUGGUAAUUUUACUUAAUUAGUAAUUUUAUUCAAUUCAAUAGUUCAUAUACAUAUUCACCACAGCACCUUUAAAAACGAUAAUAUCACAAAACAGGGAUAAAUAUAAUUACACAUGAGCCUUUCUAAUAAAUCUUGAUGUAUUUACAGUUUGUCGUUUGUAUAAGAAGAAAAGGAAAAACCGUAUAUCAGGUAAGAUAAAAAAAUAUCUACACAAAAGUCUCAUGAACCACUGACUGGGUAAAGAUAUGUAUACUACGUUAGAAACUUAUUAAUUAAGACGUUUCAACCAAGAAAUUAAUUCAACGAUGUGACCCUGAAUACAGACAAUCCUAUAGGAGUGUAGAGGGGUUUUGGAGAUGGAAAUUUCGUGUGAAUUUUUAUACAUUUAUUAGACAUGGAACAAUUGCGAAAAACGGCUCAUGCAUACCUUUUAUAUUUAUUUACUAUAUAUUUCAAUAAAAAUUAUGAAGCAUAAAUUAUUAUCUAAACAGUUCAACAUGUCCUAAAAGGCUAAAAUUUGUCCUAAACCUUGGCUCAAAGACUCGUAUAUAGGCUGACUUAAAUACUUAAUGAUUGCUCACUUGACGUUUGGACUGCCUUUGAAUCUGUGCUGGAAGCCGCAAUUUCUUAUCCUAUACUAUUAAUAUAUUUUAACCAUAUAUUUUGAAUCCUGGCUGCAGUUUUAGUAUUUUUCGUUUAAUUAACCAACCAUGUUGCUCUUUCGGUCAAAUGCAUGCAUGGUGAUAUUGUUUUCCUUUUAGAACUGGCCCAAGUUAAAAUUACUUCACUACUCUUUCAGAAAUAAUUUGGAAGAAUGCGAUGUUAUUUCAAAACCGUGCACAGAUUCGGGAAGGACCAUAUUUAGUCCUCACAGUCAAAUCGUCACAUUUGGCAUCUUUUGUAUCUUUUUACGUGAGACGUUAUAUGAUAAAUUGACUUGAAUUGACUUUUUAAACUAUAGCAAGUACUAUCUCCACAAUGUACGUCUAAUGGUCUCUUAUACGGACACAACUUGAAAUCAUGGAACUGGGGAUUCAAUGGUGCAAACGCAAUCUACCACGCAUUGUACCCAAGAGCAUGGACGGUGUAUGAAAUACCAUCACAGCGAAUACGAUUAAUCUGCAGGCAAAUAUCUCCUGUCUUCCCAAAUGACUAUAAGGUAAAAUUUACGUCAUUUAUUACUUGUAUAUACCAUUAAUCUUCUAUUAUGCAUCCCGAAGGUUUUAUUAUUAUUUAAACUUAUUUAGACACGCGGUAGCCUUUUAGUUGCCUGAUUUUCAAAGGUCCGUGCGGUUCACAAAAGUAGAGAAAAAUGUAACCUAUUUACAACAAUAUUUAAAAAUGUACAAUAACUUUCUUUGCUAUAUAUAUAUAUAUAUAUAUAUAUAUAUAUAUAUAUAUAUAUAUAUAUAUAUAUAUAUAUAUAUAUAUAUAUAUAUAUGUAAGUUAUAUAAUAUAGUAUUAUAGUAAUGUGUGCUUAGCUUGUGAGGUGUGCUUGGCUUGUAAGGGCGUUUCUCUUUUGGUUGUCAGUGUCAACCUUUAAACGAGUCUAUGGAGAGCCUCUCGUAUUUGCUAGAUAAGUUAUAUGGUAGACAAGUGUUUGGGCAUGGAAAAGCUCUCGUACUUGCUAGAUAAGUUACAUGGUAAACAAGGUUUGGGCACGAUUGUAGUUUUGAGAUUAGUAAUAAUUAAAUAAUAAUUAUAAUGAGUGACAUGUGAACAGUGUCAUUGAUAUUGUGUACUUGUUAGGACACGAGUCUGCCAGUGGCCGUAUUUGUAUGGACAGUUCAAAACUACGGGAAAGAAGAUGCUGAUGUCAGCAUAAUGUUCUCAUUCCAAAGUGGCGAGGGCAAGUUGAAUGAUGUGAGUUACGGACAUUAUAAUGAACCGUUUACAUGCAAAGGAAUUCAAUCAGAAGUUGAGAAUGGCCGUACUGAGGGUAAGUUCCGAAUUAAUUAUGCUUUUCAAUUUAAUAUUUAAUAUGAACCACCAGUGCCAACAUAGCAUUAAGUUCAUUUCAUACACUUCAUUUCGUAUUUUCAUCUGGAACGACUAGCAACAAAUAGCAGCAACGUGCCUCAAAAUCUGACUUCAGUAAAUGUUAAUUGAAAAUAUUCACAUAUAAGUUGCAACACCCAAGACAACGACAGCCAACAUUUCAAAUUAACAUGCGUUGAAAUCAGAUGUUAUUGCAAAUUUGACCAACUUUAUUGCUCCUAUAUUAUUUCACCUUUUUCACCUUCAGGCAUCCAUGAUAACAUUACGAUAUAAUUAUCAUAAUCGUUGAAUAUUUAUAGGUAGCAAGAGUCAUACGGUAACAUGUGACGUCACUGGUGUACUACUUCACAGAAAUAUAGAUCCUGCCUGCACGUAUGUCAUUGCUGCAAAGGCGAAACAUCAGGUAAGAUAUCGAUUUCUGUCGGCUAUAUCCGAGUAGUGUGGUAGUUAUCACCCAUAUUCAAUUAGCCUGCGAACAGGCUCUCUUUGAACUCUCUAAUUCAAUUCAAAGAGCCUGUUCGCAGGCUAAUAUUCAAUGAGCGUCAAAACUAUUAAUCCACUAACUUGAAUGACGAAUAGCUGAGUAGCCCAAGUAUCAGGCCGUGUUUCCGUUCCUUAAACGAAACCGGAGGCCCUUACUCAAACCCAUGUCUAUAGUCGCAUGCAAAAAAGCCAAAAUCCGACUUUUUACCUGAUCUAUCAAACAAAAAAGUUUUAAUCCGUCCCUUUCAUCGGUUAGUGCUAAUUAGGUUAUAGUUAAAUACGAACUUUACUUCCGGUGGAGAGCAACCAGAUAAGUUUUAUAUUAGACUCUAUAGCAUAGAAUAAAGAUCCACAUAGAAGGGCAACUUACGUCGGAAGCUUUGAAGUUUCUGUCCUCGCGCAUGUCGCAUUACGCAUGUUGGCCAUUGAACUAUAAAUAAACUGGAAGGCUAACUCAGGGGGGGAAAUUGAAGCCAGUGCAUUUUAGUUUUUCUGAGUUAUGAGCAGAAAUACUCAACACUGAACGUUGGGCUAUAUAUCAAAUUGAAGCUAUUGAAAAACGCUAUUUGGUGUAGAAAUUUCAAGACUUUAGCUAAAAGGGAAAUAUCAAAAAAUUACAAACAUAAUUACCGAUAAUUUGCCGUUUUGCAGUUGUUUUUGUAUUUUUAAAAUAUUUUUCUUUUCGCUGAAGUCGUGAAAUUUCCACACCAAAUAGAAAUUUUCAAUAGCUUCAAUUUGAUAUAUAGCACGACGUUUGGGGUCAAGUAUUUCUGCUCAUAACUCAGAAAAACUAUUUUGGCUUCAUCAAAUCAUAGGCCUUCAUCAUAGCAGUUAGCCUUCCAGUUUAUUUAUAGUUCAAUGAUGUUGGCCGCCAUUUUCCUAGCCAGUCAAUGACAUUUUCUGGCCAAUAAACACGCUGUACUGGCUGGCUGCUCCGCCUUCUGGCCAGUAAACUGCAUAUUUUUGCAUAAAAAAACGAGGACACGUUGCACCGCUGAGUUGCCCUUCUGUUACUGAUCUUUAUUCUGUGCUCUAUAGUAUUUGUGGUUCAGAUUUGGCCUCCACUACCGCUAUCAUUAACUAAUCGGAUGCGUUUAAUCAAUUAGCCUUUGUCACGAUGAAGAAUAUCCGCCAUUUUUGGGUUGGCAUCUAAUUCUCGUUAUCCAAUGCGGACAAUUAAAACAAUGUGAAAAGCAAUUUUUCAAAAUAAACUAACCAUUCACAAAGCAAAUUUAUCAUCAUUCAUAAAAAAACAAAUCAUAAAAGGUCCUGUUAUGUGGACUUAUUUCGCAGACCUCGGCUGAAAAGCCACCCAAAAAUGGCAGCGUGAGAAAGGCUAAUUCAAUCUAUCAAUCAAUCAAUCAAUCAAUAAUUUAUUCAAAGUACCUACAAUAAUAUUGAGGCCCUUGCAGGAGAUCUGGAGGUUAACCCUAUAUAAAGAUCACCUUUACCUAUUACUAAGUUAAAAUACCUAAAUGUUAAAUUACAAGUACAUGUCCAUGUUCGACUUCAGUUCUCUUUUAAAUUCUCUAAUGUCAUUUACUUCUACAACCGAGCAUGGUAAACUGUUCCAGUCACUGAUAAUCCUUACAAAUAGUCAGUAUUUGUAACAAUUAAUUUUGGGUAGUUUAGGAUACAAGGUGUAUUGGUGGUUAGAUCUUGUCCUCUUGGAGUGUCUAUAUUCUAAAACUUCGCUGAAUAUUAUGCCGGCAUUAAGUUCAAAUACUUGUAGCACUCUACUAGGGAAAGAAACUUUCUACGUUUUUCUAGUGUGUCCCAUUUUAGCAAUUUACAACGUUCGUUGUAUGGCAUUUCGCCUCGUUUCUGUUUCAGAGCAAUUCUCGAUGCUCUUCUUUGAACACGUUCUAGGGCUUUCACGUCUUUAACCAGAUAUGGCGACCAAACUGGCGCUGCGUAUUCCAAGACAGGUCUCACCAAGGAUUUAUAUAAUGUGGAAAAAAUGCUCGUACUUGAAAAACCGAUAGUCCGUUUAAUUAAACCAACAAUGCGGUUAGCUUUCUUAACUGUCGAGGCAACCUGAGGCAACCCGAAUCAACCAAUCAGAUGCGUAUUCAACCAGUGAGAAGUAGCGACAGUGGUGGAGGAAUCUAAAUCUCCCUAUUUGCAUAUUGUCUUCAUAUAGGGCAAAAACCAGCUUGUCCGUGUGACAUGGAAAACCGUAUUUAAUGCAAAAAGUCCUGGACGACGACUUUGGCAGGAUUUGCAUGAAGAUGGCAUGCUAUCAUCCAAUCCAGGUAACAAGUAUGCAAUUUGAUUUAGAUGGUUCCUAUUGAUGACAUUUGAAAUAACUACCCUGGUUAAUAGUAUAGUCUGGAAACUCUGCCAAAAUCUUUGAUUUUUAGUGCUUAUUUAUUGUUUUAUUGUUAUUUUUAAAAGACCGUUUUGGGAGCGAUCAUAAGCAAAAAUUACUGAACUUCAGAUAUCAUUUUCUCUUUGGCGUACCAUCUAAAAUCUCUUCACUUUAGCAUAACUUACAGAAAAAGCACUAAAGUAAAUAUACUUUUUAAGUUUGUUUGCAGCUUGAAACGUAUCGAAAAACAAAAAUGUUGAAUGUAGUCAUAACCAAGUGGAAAAUAUUCAUUAGUUUUGAGCGCGUGUUACGUAACAUACAGAAGAUUCUCCACAAUUUACAUUCCGUUUUAAGAUCCAAGUCAUCGUAGUAAUCCAGGCGAGGCACCUGCUGCAGCUGUUGUUGCCUCAACGACUGUUCCUGCCGGAGAACGAAGAUGUUUAGAAUUUUCACUCGCUUGGGAUAUGCCCAUUGUUUACUUUGGAUCAAAGAAAAUGAAACAUUACAGGUAAAGUCCGACCAGAUUUAUUUACGAUAAAAAUCCAUAUCCAAUCUACAUGAUUUAUGUUCUGAUGCAGAUUGAUUUUACUUUAGAUGGUAUACGAAAUUCUUCGGUUACCAUGGUAACGCCGGUUCCACACUGGUAAGCCAUGCCUUAAGGACGUACCCGGAAUGGGAGGAAAAAAUCGAGGAGUGGCAACAGCCCAUUUUGCGUGACAAGUACGUGUUAUUAGUAAUAUUUGCAGUAGUGUGUUGUUUAUUUUUCUGUCUGCACCCAUUUUUGUCCAUGUCAAUAAUCUUGAAAAUAUUACCUCUUUGUGGUUCUAGGAACUUACCAGCUUGGUAUAAAUCUGGAAUAUUUAAUGAACUAUAUUUCGUUGCGGAUGGUGGAACGAUAUGGUUGGACGUAGCAAAAGAGGAGAGCAGGAAUACAGAAGUGAAAUAUCUGCCUGAAAUUGUAAGAAAUUAUGGAAGAUUUGCGUAUCUUGAAGGUUCGUGAUGGUUCGAUUGCGAUUAGAAUUGAUAAGGCUUCGGUUAGGCUGCAGUUUAGACCCGGUUACCUAGGGUUUGGACGUUUACGGUUACUGCGAUCAAUUGGCGGUUGACGCAAUGAUCUACUUAACAAUUAUUCGCCGACGUGGAGAUGAAUAGUGGAAGGAUAUUCACCUUAACGCUUCGGAACGUACGUCACUUUGGCUAUCGAGCCUCGUUUUCGUGUAUGUGACAUAAGCUAAAGUCCAACGUCGCAAAUACCAAAACGAGGCUUCUGUAGCCAAAAUGACGUACUUUUCGGGAGGGUGUAUUGAACAGGUGAAAUAUGGGCAGGUACGGUAAUAAUAAAUUUUGUGUUUCCUACUUAUUUCAGGUCAUGAAUACAGGAUGUACAACACAUAUGAUGUUCAUUUUUACGCAUCUUUUGCUCUCAUCAUGCUCUGGCCGAUGUUGCAACUAAGCUUGCAGUAUGAUAUUGGUAAAUAUUUAUGUGUUUAUAAAUAUAAUACUUAAUGACCACACCGCACCUGGCCUUAGUAACUCUUUCGCUAGAAGGCAAGUGGAUCAGACAAAUUAUCAUCUUCGUAAUAGUGUAACAAAUCUAAAAAAGUGCGACUAACACCAAGUAAAAAGUAAAAAGGUUCAUCUUAAUAGACUAUUUUACUCUUAAAGUUCCGUAUAUGACGUCAUUUAGGGAAUUGCAAAUUAGUUUUCUCUUGUUUUCGGCACCUAAAAUUCCCCAAAUGACACCAUAUCCGGCAGUUUCGAGAGCCGAAAAGUCAAUCAAGAGGAGUUUUUUACUACAAAGUUAUAUUACAUUUCUUAUAAUAAUCCAAAUACUUUAUUUGAGGUUAGUAGCACUUUACGAAAAGCUUAAAAUAUAGUGGCGCUGUGCUCUGGAAUCAGCUCUCAACCGAAGAAAAAUCAGCUGAAUCUCUUAAUUCAUUUAAGAUACAUAUUAGAACAUAUAGUUUGGAUCAUGUCAUGGUGUGUUUUCUAUCAUUCUAUUUAUUAUAUAUAUUGUAUUUAUGUGUGUUUUAGCUUCUCUUUUGCCAUCGUUUUAGCGGAUUAUGUUAACAAGAGUGAUUUUAAGCAAAGACUGACGAUGAUGAGCGGUAGAUCAUGCCCCAGGAAAGUUCAGGGUGUUGUGCCACACGAUAUAGGAGAUCCAGGUAAGAAUAAAUGUCAAAUUCUAUCAAGAACAUAACACAGUUAGUAACAUGCUUUAUUUACAUUAAAACCCUAAAUAUCCUUAAAAUUUUUAGUACUUUAACCAUCUUAAAAAUUAAUAUAGAUGAUGAACCGUGGACAAAUAUAAAUGCUUACACAAUUCACGACACAUCAGAAUGGAAAGAUCUAAAUCUUAAAUUCGUACUGCAGGUACAAUAUUAAACUUAAAGAACACAAUAUACUAAACAAUUCCAAUGGUGGCACGCGAUGGGAAAAGAACACAAAUGCAACAACGAGUAUAACUAAAACUGUAAUAUUAAAUACAUUAUAAACUCUUGGUGGUGAGCUGUUGGUUGCAUAGUGCAUGGUUAGUGCAUUUGCCUUCACCAGGAAAAAGUUAAAUUGUACACCUUACAGUGGUGUAGUUCCUUCCUUUAAAACUAAACAUCAACGAAUGUAACGACAAAUAUCAUAUCAAAAACGACGACGAAAAUCACAACAUCCACCACCACCACCACCACCACCGCCACCAAAUACAAGAACAAUAACGACAACAAGAAAACUGAUGAAAACAUUACUACGUAAACAAAAACAACAGCAACAACAAUAGCAACACAGAGACCAAUAGCAACAACAGCAAGAAUAAAGGCAACAAUGAUGGAGAUGAUCGGAGUAACAAUUUCGCAAACUAACAGCAACCAAAAAAACAACACCGAAUAUCGCAACAACAUUUGAUAUUAAUAAUAUGACAUAUUUUAUCUCAUCUUCCCUAUCUAGCUUUACCGUGAUUAUGUUUUCACUCAAGAUAUUCAGUUUCUGGAUGAUUUGUGGCCAGUAGCAAAGGUUAGAGCUGAUUUCUCCUUCGUAGAAUAAAGAUAAAUAUACAAUGAAUGUAUAUGUUCAUGUAGUCAUUUAUAGCAUGUACUGUCAUGCUUUUCAUUUCUUCUUUUCCAUAAACGUUUAGUGAAUGUGUUUGUAUAAAGAUUGUGAUCUACCUAUGUUGCAUGUUAUUUUUCUGAAAAGUGCAGAGCAGUAUAUUGUGGAUAAUUCUCGCGGUACAAUGAACGAGUAUAUCCGCGCAUAAUGUAAUAGGUUGCAUGAGCUAUAUAUUAUAUUCAAUGUUUGUAAAUCAUGAUCUUUCCUUCCCUCAAUGAAGACGGUGAUGGCAAAAGCGGUCAGUCAGGAUUCUGACGGUGAUGGACUGAUUGAUAAUUCAGGAUUUGCUGAUCAAACAUACGAUGCCUGGAUUGUAUCUGGCCCUAGGUAACAUUUUUAAGUAGAGGACGCUCGGAGACUGCGUGACCUAUGUUACAAUACAUCGUUGUACAGGAUAUAUAUAAAAAUCACGUUAAUCCAUCUCCUAUUUUUUUCGUACUAAUAAAUUUCAGAUUUUUAGCUGUCAAAUAACACCUUCUUUGUAUCAAUUAAAAGUGGCAAAAUUUCAAUCCAUUCCAAUAAUAUUGGGAAUGAGUUUUCAAGUUCAUCCCAAUUCGGAUUAAAAUUGAAAAACUUGAACAAAGAUACCGCAACGCUAUAGGCUUAGUCAUCAAGCCUUGGUUAAUUUCAACUUGAGAUUUAACACCGUAAUUUGGUGUUUAAAACAUUUUAUUAAACUGCAAGUUUCGCGAGAACCCAACAAAUUUACAAACUCAACAAAUUUUGAAAAUUGGAAAAACGUUUGAUUUCCAAUUCUGAAAUCUUUUGGGAGAGGACCUAAGGCGUUGUAUUCAUUUAUUUAUACCAGAGUAGCAACAUAAUUCUGUUGCUAUCACUGGUUGCCGCGAACUGAUAAACUUUAAUUUAUUUGUUUGCAGUGCGUAUUGUGGGGGCUUAUGGUUGGCCGCCUUGCGUACCAUGUCUGAAAUUGCUAAAGUUCUUAGCUAUCCUGAAGACAUCAAGAAGUAUAACAAUAUACUGCAACGUGGAAAGAAAGCCUAUGAACGUAAACUGUGGAAUGGUAAGUCAGAAGAAAAUUAGUAUCCCUGGUUUUUCUUUUGGUCACAACAUUCGUGAGCAAGUUUACAAGUUGUUACAAAUCUGUUCACAAGCUGUGGACAAGUUUUAUUCGUGCUGCUUGUUCCUAGUUGUUGUAACAAGUUUGAAACAAGCUUUUGACAACUUAUAACAAGCUUGGUGGCAUUAUCAGACUUGUUACAAGGUUGUUCUAACAAUUCUGAUGCAGUCACGAUAUAACAAGAAUGUCCCAAGGUUGACGACGCAAGGUUGUAACAAUAUUCUUAUAUCAUGCAGUUAUCGAACUUGUUGGAACAACCUUGCAACAAGUCUGAUAAUAUCAACAAGGAUGUUACAAGAUGUUAACAGCUUGUUCUAAACUUGUUGCCAAUUAACUUGAACACAACUUGUUGACGGCUUGUUGGCAGACUUGCUACAAGAGAUUUCUACGCGUGUAGUCAUACUAGUUUCGGAUGUCAUUAAAUUUCCUUGAUAGGCCGUUACUAUAACUACGAAUGCAGUAAGCGACGGUAUCAUAACAGCAUCAUGGCAGACCAAAUGGCAGGACAGUGGUAUCUCAAGGCGUGUGAGAUUGGACAACAUCCGAAUGAUAGGGUAAGUACACUGAUUUGAGGGCUGCAUGGAUUGAACAUGCUGUAAAAUGGGUUAUUAACCACUGAUUGUCUGGUGUUAUCUUUGUGCAAAACUAAAAAACAAUUCGCUUUGUAAAAUUUGAAUGUAAAUAUAUUAUGCCUAUGCCACAUAGUGUAUUUUGUGUUGCUCAUACUCUUUAGGUCUUCCCAAAAGCUCACGUGAUCAGUGCCUUGACAACAGUAUUUGAGUACAAUGUGUUGAGAUUUCAUAAUGGUCGACUGGGAGCCGUGAAUGGUAUGAGGCCAGACGGAAAGGUAGGAUGCAUGUGGCUGUUCACAUGGACAGGUUUAGUUGCCAUUGCCGAGAUCCUGCCUACAUGGGGAUCGGCGCUGCUAUUGUGUUUCACUUGGAACAUAAAUUUUAAAAACGGCGUUAAUUCUAAAAGUCUAAGCAAGUAUGAAAUAAACGAAAUUAACGUCAACCUGUUGCCAUGAACGAAAAUAGCAUUUCGCAAAAUGGACGCAAAUUCCCAAAAACAUGACGUGAAAUUUGUGAAAUUGGAAUAUUUUUUUUAAAUUCUUACCAUGGAAAUAGUAUGGAAAUUCAAUGUUCAUUUCUGGAUAUAGUAUGGAAAUAGUAUGGAUAUACUAUGGAUUUAGUGGUGCAAUUGCAAAUUUAAUACUAUGGAUUUCACAAUUUUUUCCAGUGGAAUAGUAGUAUAUAUAUAACCUACGCUUGAAGAUAAAACAGGUGGCUUUCGUCAUGCUACAAUUGAGUCCACAUGACGGGCAUUUAGACAAAAGUGUUAAAGUCUGGUGGGAAUGCUUGAAAGUUACCUAUGUGAAAUGUAUGUUCUGUACUUGACAAUUUCAUUUCGCCCAGGUUGACACAAGUAGCGUACAAGCAGAAGAGGUAUGGACUGGUAUUACGUACGCCGUAGCAGCUUCCAUGAUUCAAGAGGUAAUUUUAUAUAUUUUACAAUUUUUAUUCCCACUUAUCAAAAUCGAUAAGUGUCAUGCAUGCCAUUAUUUUGAAUUGAAUGGUUACAUGGGAAACCACUUGGCGUACGUACGACAGUAGUUUACACGAAACAUUUAAAGUGUUAAUUUGCUGCAAACAUCUCCCAGAAAACAUCACGAAUGUGGAUGACUUUCUUAUGUCCUGAGAUGACGUCAUAACAACUAUGUACAUGGUUUUACGUUUGCAUAAAUGUAUAUAAGAUUACGAUGGUGAAGUCACUCAGAGUAGCGUAACCGAAAAAAACGUUCAAUGGUACUAUCUGAAAAUGGUGUCUCAAGUAUUAAGGUUAUGAUUAGGGUUAAAAUUAAGUUUGUACUUAAAUGUAGUCUGAGUAUCUGGCUCCAUUUUACAAAUAGAGCAGACAAACAUCAUAAUCCGAUCACUCUCCACUCACAGUAAAGUUAAUAAUUAUUUAGUAUCCAAUCAAAAUGUCCCUGGAGAAAUUUAAAUGUCACACAAAGACAACAAUCUAAUUAUAAUAGUAUAGCUGUAAAUUAUCUAUAUGAUCGAACGUAGGUAGUGAUCAACUCGAAAGUUUAUGCUCCUUUGAUCACUACGCACCUUCACUUUAUCAAAUUAACUUGAAAUUAUUCAUUCAAAACAUAAUUAUUUGUAAAAUUUUGUAUACAUUUUCUUUGUUUUGUAAAUAGUGCACUUCCUGAAUAAAUCUCUAGAUAAUUAAAGCUACUAAAUAUGUCAUUAACAAUAGAGUAUAAUCUAACUGGAACCAACCUAUCAAUAAAGACAGAUUAAUUUUUUUGUCUGACAGACUAGUCAGGUGAAAAUGCGGCCAGACAAGGAUUUAUGUCAGCCCUUUUCCCUUCCAUCCAACCGCGUCUAAGGAAGGGAAAACAGAGCCUGAUUGCGAUGUGUCAGCUCAUGUGAAAAUGACCCUGAGUGCCCAUCUCGCAACAAAUAGCACAAAAGUAAACCUACGCUUAAUUUGAUUUAAGGGUUUGGUUGAAGAAGGAUUUCGCACCGCGUGCGGAGUAUACCGAAGUUGCUACGAGCGAUUUGGAAUGGCUUUUCAGACGCCCGAGGCGUACACUGGGAACGGUCGUUACCGUUCACUUGGCUACAUGAGACCGCUGAGCAUCUGGGCUAUACAGUGGGCGUGGGAGAAGAGAUCAAAGAAAAAAUACGGUACGGGAUCCUCGAGUCCAGACUCUUCACCGUGUGCAAACGAGUUUUACCUGUUAAACGGGUAUUCAGAACAAGAGGAAUACAACAAUGUGUUUAUCUGGGAAGACCGGUCUUUGAAUGUGAGUCCCAGUGAGACGCCAGUACGGAAAUUAUCUGCUGAGGAUUUAACAUCACCUCUAGACGAAGACUAUUAUGUUGACGCUUACAGCGACUUUGAAGACUUUUCAACCAUGGCUGUCCGCGCGAAGUCUGAUGGGGAACUAAAUCGAAGUCUGACACUCUCUUCAGGCUCCUCAAGGCGGAGCCGUGCUCAAAUGUCCGCAAGCGGCGAGAUAUCGGAGAAUGGCGAAACCUCAAACUUGUUUCACGAUAGUUUGCCAGGCUGAGACAUAAUUGUCAUGGUUUAAAUCGACCAUUAAAAAGUCUUUUAGUGGGUUUUGGUGCAAGCGCGCUUCGCCUCUGCAGAGGUCUGCUACCGUGUAUGCUUAGGGACUGGUCAUUAUUUAUGUUGGGGGGUGGCACCGAAGAGAAAAGGGUUGGGCAAACAAAAUUUUAAGCGAGUAAAAGGUUGGGUAAAUGAAAAACAAAACAACUCAAGGGUUGGGGGAUAAAAAUUUAUUAAACUUUCCAAAGCAUGACUCACUCAAAUGUUAAAGACUAAAAAGCAAUGUAAACAGUCUUAUGUCAAUACAAUAUGUAGAUCAAUCGGAAUCACUAUCUUGAUCAUCUUCCGAUUUGUCAGGAGGCAAAGGGUGUCUCCAAAGGAAGUACAUGUGCAGACAACGUGAAACUUUAGAGACUGCAGAAAAUUGCACAAGCAGUUAUCAAGCUCAUGUCACAGAAAUGGUGAAGGACAUGUGUGACAACUGAAUGGCAUCCUUUUGUAAAGUUGUUGGCCAGGGGUGGGUAUUUAUUUUUUAAUUGAUAUUUGAGGUUAGUAAAAAAAUCUUUUUACCAAGAUAAAAACAUUUCCCUUCGGUGCCACCCCUCGCCAUAAAUAAUGACUGGUCCCUUACACUGUUCGCACCCAAUUCACAACUCUGGAUAACCCACAACUUGCGAAUUUGGGCAUAAACAAACGGUUGGCUGAUUUUGUCUACUUAGUGAGUUUUGCAUAUUUUUAUGUAGUGACGAUAGUGGGAGAUGUGUAGGUGUUAUAAAAAAUACAAGAUUAAUUCACAUAAUGAAAAGAAUUAACAUCAAUCUAUAAUCCAUCUGGUCAUAAUAAUUUGUCGCGUCAUCGAUUGUUAAAAAUAGGUACGCUAAGCGUACAUGUUUAUUUGCGCAUAUAGUGUUGACAUGUGACCAUUAUUUCACUGUUGUUGUUGUGCUUUCUGUACUUGUCGUUGCUAUUAAUGUAGUGGUUGUUGCAUAACAGGGAGCAUUGAAAAUAGUGGACAUGUGUCUUGACACACCAUGCGAGGCAUUAUUACAGAGUAUACAUACCAUAUACAAAGGUCCUACUAGUAAGACAAAACGUAUGAUAAAUUGAACAGAAAUACUAUAAGUAGACGCUCUUUAAGAAAUUAGUCUAUGAACCGCGAAAAGAUUUAUCCCCAGCUUAAUCUUCAGAAAAGUACCCCCUCCUAAAAGCAUGCUGGUAUAUAGUUAAAAAUUUCAGAGUAUCAUACUAGGAUAUUAUUAAGUUAUGAAAAAUUUCCAUAAGUUGUAAUAAUUGUUACCUCAGCUAUACUUGAAAAUCUAGCAGUUAUAUGUGGUAUAUUGGCAAUGUGAUGGACUGUAUAUUGGCCAAUAUUGGUUGCCAAAGUUAAAAAAUAGUUAGCUACCUAGGAGAUAAUAAUUUAGAAAUUUAUCUACGGGUAUGAACUUUUAUAAUUAAAAUAUUUAUGCAUCAGUGUUAUUGUGAAAGCAAGCCAUAAGACAUACAUUAACCAUUACACAUCAUUCAAAAUCACAUAUAUUUCGACUGCUAGGAUAAUAAAAGCUAUAAAAACAAAUUUGAAUAAAUUUAAUCCCCAAAUCUGAGGAUUUAAUUUAUGCAUCAAAAAAGCAAUCGCGCCGAUGUUCACAGACCUUAUAUACUAAUUGUAAGAUCUGUAACACAGGCCACAGUCAAUAGAAAUGGGAUUCAAUUUAUCACUCUAUAAGCCGCCAUUUUGUUUAUUUUAGCCUGCGAAGCAGGCGUCUACAUGGAGCGGACUCGACCCGAGUGCUUGACCCAUACCAUACAGUAGAUAUGGUUAAUAACUAUGGUUAAUAACUAUCGUUAAACCAGGGCGCAGUAAAACACCUGUGUUUGUCCAUAGCCUAUCGAAGGGGAGAUGGCUGUGAAACUCAUUAGAAUAACAGUAUAACUCAUUAUCUAUGUUAGUCAACGUUUAUUCAUAAAUCUGGUCGUUUCACCGUCACGUGUGUAUUGUAUUUUUAACAAAUCCACCAAUAGCAAUUUCCAGUUUCCCUAUUGUUCGAGUCACGGAUAGGUGACUUUCCUAAAAUAUUGCUAUUGGUUAGUUGGGCAAGAAUACAAUACACACGUGACGGUGAAGGACCAGAUUUAUGAAUAAACGUUGAGCAACAUAGGUAAUGAGUUAUAUUGUUAUUCUAAGGAGUUUCACAGCCAUCUCCCCUUCGAUAGGCUAUGGUUUGGCUAAAAACUCGGAGGUUCGACACAAGGCCACUGGACGGUUGCGCGGGGCCCGAUGACGUAGUAAAAUUUCCCCCUAUUGAUGCAUAAUUGUAAAACAGGAGAAGCGGUGUUUUACAAUGUAUUACGCUUUUUGCAUAUGCUUUCCCCCCGUAAUUACUUACAGCUACUUACUAGAGGGGGUGGGGGUCGUAUAAUGCAAUGUUUGGAAAAGAAUGUCAUUAAGUUUCGCAAUUGCAACUUAAUGAAGUUGUUCACUAAUUUCUUAAAUUUGGAAUUAUCUAGGUACCAUUCGGUGUGCGUGCUUCUCGCACGACGCGUGUUUCUCGCAAGACGUGUAUCACUCGCGUUAAACACGCGGCGCACUCCUGUCAUUUGUGACAGUCUUACGUAAUUCUGCCCCUUGAAUAAUAGAUUUGAGUAAUUGCGAUCUAGUUGAUCCUUUGCUUGGUUGAUAGUCUAUGUUACCUUUAGUACGUGGAGCUGUUUUCGGGGCAGGUGGGGGAGCUUUGGGGGCAGGUGGGGGACCUUUGGGGGCAGGUGGGAGACCUUUGGGGGUAGGUGGGGUUAUGUGCACGGUUGGGGGUAUCUUUGGAUCGCGAUUUUCAGACUUAGGGGGAACCGGUGGUUUUUGCAGUGGUGGUGGCUUAUUAGGGAUUGAAGGUUUUGGAGGUGGCAAUUCUGAUGAUCUAGGGAUAUCGAAGGAUGUAGGUGAAUUUGGUGGGGAUGUCGAGGAGAAAGACGAACGACGAGAUGACAUUUCAUCAGAAUUCUCUAAAGCGUCAUGACGUUUUUGAAUUGCCUGUUUAAUCGAGUCCAUCAGAGCUUCCACUCCGAACAGAGGUCUGGCUGGCUCGUCACGUGGUUGAUCACGCGAUUCGUCGAAUUGCCCUUCCGGCUGAAUUUCAUGUGUUCCAGAGUGCACGGGUGGUGUCUGAUAGGGUGAAGAUGAGACAUACGUAGGUGAUGAAGGUACAUCGUUGGAUGACGUGAGUGCUUGUUUGCGUAGAAGGGGGUUGGAGACCGUCUCUGUCUCAGCUUCGUAGGAUACCACAAAAUCAUUGUCCAUUUCACGAGACCUGAAAUAAAACCAUUACCCGUAUUUUUACCAUAA